UGUAAUGAUUGUGUUAUCAUUAAGAUUAAUAGAUUUGCCUUUUAAUCUUUUCUAUAUAAGUCGGUGCUAGUUCUGAUAUAAAAUAGUUACAAGAUUUGUGCGACGGUGAGCUGCGACGUCCAGAGAAGACAAGAUUUUUCUAAUUAUGAAGAGCUUCAUCAUCAUCGCGGUGCUGUCAGCACUCGCAGCCUGUCAUGGCGCCGCUGUUCCCCCGAGCGAGGCGGACAUGUUCUCGUCUUUCAUUCAAGAGCAGAUGUUAAACGGUUUCACCGUGGUGCACAGUGAAGAAGACGCGGCUCUGAACAGAGUUACGCUGAGCAAAGGAGAAACCAGAGACGAUGAUGUACUUUUCUUUGAACGAUUAUGCUACGUGCCAGCUGUACCGAACGACGUUGUGCGCUGCGACGUAGUGUACUAUGGUGAACCCAACGUCAGAAUCAGUCGUGUUUCCAUUUCCUUUAGCUGGCCACCAGCAGCUAAUACUUCUAUCACUGGAUUAUCGACGAAUGUUGUUCGUGUAAGAUUUGUGUCACAGCGUGAUGAGCAUUUACACCUAACUGUCCGAAUGUUUGGUAAAAUAACUGAAGACAACAAUGAGUCGUAAGCUUUAAGAUGAUUAUUGUUCUGCAUGAAUAAAGUAAAUGCUAUUGGUA